CGCCAGUAAAGUUACGACGGCGCGCGGGUUCGUUCGUCCUGUUUUGUAAAAACAAGUACGAAGUGCAGUGAUGUGUUUGUAAAUGUGUCAUAUUGCCCGGAUUGACAUUGGAUUUUAGGGUUACCGCUUCCGGGAUGCGCUUGCGACGGACAGACAUGGCGUAACGUAAUGGAGGGCGAAUGCUCGGAAGGCGAGGGCUGGCUGCUAGUAAGGGUGCACGUCCCGGAGCUCAACGUGCAGAAGAGUCUCCAGUUCAGCCGGGAUCAGCUCGUGUGGGAUGUCAAGCAGCAGUGCCUCGCCGCCUUGCCAAAGGUGGCAACUUGGUAUCGGGAACUAAAAGAGAGCUUCAACUAUGGACUAUUCUGCCCGCCGGUUAACGGAAAGGCUGGAAAGUUUCUUGACGAGGAGAGACGUCUGGGCGACUACCCGUUCAACGGACCGGUCGGCUAUCUGGAGCUGAAAUAUAAACGGCGCGUGUACAAGAUGCUGAAACUGGACGAGAAGACGCUGAAGGCUCUCCACUCCCGGGCCAACCUGAGGCGGUUCCUGGAACACGUCCAGCACGGACAGAUCGACAAGAUCACCAAGUCCUGCGCCAAGGGACUUGACCCCAACUUCCACUGUCCUGAAACUGGAGAAACCCCGCUAUCGAUAGCAGCUGGUUUAAAAAGUCCCGGAAAAGCCCUUAUUUCUCUCGUAAAUGGUGGAGCACUUUUAGACUACAGAAAUAAAGAUGGCAGUACAUCGAUGCAUAGAGCCGUUGAGAAAAAUUCGCUUGAAGCAGUGAAGACCCUUCUAGAAUUAGGCGCUUCACCGAACUAUAAAGAUGGCAAGGGACUCACGCCUUUAUAUUUAUCAGUUACAAAUAAAACCGAUCCAUUAUUGUGUGAAACGCUACUGCAUGACCAUGCUACUAUUGGCGCGACUGAUCUGCAAGGAUGGCAAGAAGUACAUCAAGCGUGUCGUAACGGUCUCGUCCAACACCUGGACCAUCUUCUCUUCUACGGAGCUGACAUGAACAGUCGAAACGCUUCUGGCAACACGCCCCUGCACGUGUGCGCUGUCAACGCUCAGGACUCAUGCGCGAGGCAGCUCCUCUUCAGAGGCUGUGAUAAAGAAUCCUUGAAUUUCGCGAACCAAUCGCCUUAUCAGGUUGCAGUAAUAGCAGGAAACUUAGAAUUAGCAGAAGUAAUAAAAAAUUACAAAUCUGACGAAAUUGUUCCGUUUCGUGGUCCACCUCGCUAUAAUCCAAAGAGACGGUCUGCGGCCUGGGGAGGAUGGUGGAGUGCGGGAGACAGGUCGUCGCUAGCUUCGUCUACCAGGAUCCCAGCAAGUUUGGACGCUAUACUGCGACGCCCGCACGGUUCGACCAAUUCGCCUUGCAGUCUCGAAAGGCCGUUUUCUUCGGCGUCCUCGAGCAUUAGUGACGCCAGUCAUCCGAGCCACGAAGACGACGCCAGCAUCAUCACAGAUAAAAGCUUGGGAGACACUAGUGACAUAGUGUCAGAGUCGAGCGGAGUGGGCACGAGCAACUCCGACACGACCACGUGCUCGCUGCAACCGCCCGGCGCUACGCUGGUGUGCCUGUACCCUUACGAGUCCACAGCGCCGGGCCACGUAACCUUACAACAGGGUGAAAUUAUAGAAGUAACGGGCGCGACGGACGACGGUCUUCUAGAAGGAACUGUGCGAGGUUCUGGGGCAAGCGGACUAUUCCCCGCGCGAUGCGUUCAGGAAGUACGGCUGAGGCAAAACACGCACUUGCAUCAGGUGCUAUCAACGGGAACAUUACAUCAAUCGCGUGUCAGCGGCAGGCGUGAGGCGGGGCUUAGCAAAACAUACAGUGCCACCGCUCCCAGAGUUAAAAAGGGCUAUGGCAAUAUGGAGACACGCACCGUCGUUUUGCACCGAGCUCGCAGGGGCUUCGGGUUCAUACUGCGGGGGGCGAAGGCCUACACACCACUUAUGGAGCUCCGGCCCUCAGAACGGUGCCCUGCCCUGCAAUAUCUGGAUAGUGUAGACGCAGGUGGAGUCGCCGAUAGGGCUGGCUUGAGGAAGGGUGACUUUUUGGUCGCGAUAAACGGUGAGGACGUGUCCGGAGCAUCUCACGAGCACGUGGUCGAGCUGAUCCGCAACUCUGGCGCACUGGUCUCCAUGACUGUGGUCUCUCUAGGUAACGUCUCGGAUAAUACUUGUGCAGUCUCCACGAGUAAAUCUCACAAGCACCUCUCCGGCGGAGGUCGACCCUACGCCGCCACAUUGCCAAGAAAGGGUGCUGGAGGUCGCAGCCCCGCGCCCGCACCGCCCCGUCGAGACCCGCGCACUACGCUUAGUGUUGGCCGCGCCCGCGCCAAGUCCAUGGUAGCCGGACUAGAGAACGGCGGUGAAAAGGAGGAAAGCUGCGAACCGUUAAGUGUGGCGGGCAAGUCGUCGUCCGCAGAGUCCGUACAGUUGCAUCCUGGUAGCAAUAACGGUACCCCCUCGUCCGGCACUCCGGUUGCACCGCGUACAGCCAGCAUAAGGCAGCGGCCCGUCUCCGGUCGCAUCACCGCGGCUGAACUCGAGGAGUUGUUUCAGAGACAAGCCGAUGCUGACGCUACCGGAGCGAUGAUGACGAGGUCUGCGUUCCAAGAUGGCGCCGGUUCGGGGGGCGCGUCCCCCACCGCGUCUCCCGCGCGCGCGGGCAAGAAAGCCUACGCCUCUGUUGCUGAGAUGAAGCGAUCCAGAGGAAAGUUGUGGAGCAAAUCGUUAAGCAGCAGUGGCAGUGGCAGCGGCAGUGGGAGCGGUAGCGGUAGCUGGUCCCUGCGUCGCGACUUCCACUCCACGCCCGACCUGGCCGCCGAGCUCGCGGCCACGCCACUCCGAGCGACCUCCACCGAUCGAUUACAUGAGGCCGGUCGUGCCCCUCCCCCGCCGACCGCUCCCCCGCCGCCCCCUGGCGUGGUGACGUCAUCGUUCCGUCCGGCCGCGCCCGCCAAACUAUACGCGGCGCCGCGAGACCUAGCCUCCGUCGCCUACAGACCUAACAACGAGCGAGCCACAGCCAGUACAGGUGCGGUGCGAGCGUGGUCACGCGCCAUGUCGGUGGACGACACGACGCACCAAUACGCGCAGCCCCGCGCGCUGCACAACAUACAGAGACAGAAUUCGAUGCCCGCGCCGCCCAUACCGGAGCCGGACUACAGCAUGUCGGAAUCCGACGAGGAUGAACACAAGAUGAAGACGGAACCCGCGGCCGUGGCUGAGACUAGCGCAAACAGCAACACCAGCGGCAGCAGCACUGGAUCUAGUUCCAUGCAGCAUUCUUUCUCCGUCGACGAAAUACAAAAGAUCCGAACUCGUCUAAAAUCGUCGAAAUCUUGCGGCGACGAGUUGGGCACAGAACGCGACGACGGCGAUAAUUCUUCGUCGGGAGUGUCUUCCGACCAGGAGGCGCAGGCGCGGCCUCGGCGAGACAAGGUCUCGUUCUGCAGUUCGGUGACGGUGAAAUCGUCGAAUGACGUCAUCAGUACAGAGCCCGUGCACAGCUCGUCGGAGAGUCUGGCGCCGAUGCAGAGGCACAACUCGCUGACGAGGAAGCGGGCGACGGCGGUGUUGCUGCGGGGCACCAUCGGGGGCAGCGGGCGGGGGAAGUCGGCCGCCGAACGGUUAGGAGUGGACGUGGACAAGGCGCCGGGGCGGCGGGGCCGCGCGGCCGUGUCGCUGGCGGAGCUGCCGCCCCCGCCCGAGGAGCCCCCGGGCGCCGCAGAGACCACGCCGCUCAUAGCGCCCCCGCCGCAGUUCAGCGACCGCGUCCGCGUGGUCGCCGCACUGCCCAAGCUGGCCCACCUACAGUAGCCGCCAACGCGGGCUCUACUGGUGCCAAAUUAUAGCGUCAUCUACCUAUCUGUACAAACUCCAAUCCAACUCUACAUUGCACUCCAGAAAUGAUGUUAUCACGCUCUGAAUAUUCAGCUUAAUUACAUUUUGCCGGACACAUAAAUCAGACAGUUUAUCGGUUCAUGUUUUAAAAUAAUCAGAUGAUAUAAUUAUUGUUUAGAUAAGAGCGCAAAAAAUAUUACUUUUAACUAUAACCAAACAUUUUAACAUCAUUAUGUAAGUUUAAUUAUUCCUCUAUAAAAAUGUUAUUUAUAAGGUAGCGUACUGCCGAUAUUUCGACAUGGUAUCAAGCGAAAUGUUCGCGUGGUCGAAAUAUCGCACAUCGACAAAACUUUCAUCUUUAGGAUGUUGAGGGUUCCAAUUCGUAGUUGUAGCCGUAUUAUAACGCGGCUGUACAGAUAGGCAAGUGACCGGUAAGCGUUCGCUAUUCACAAGCGACUUUUCCACUUUUCAUAAUGUGCACUAAUUAAUCUAUGUAUACUGUGAGCCACUUUAUAUGUGUCGUUCUUAUGAUCUAGUUUAUAUUCGGCAGGUCGCUUAGAGACGCGACACAGAAAUCUUUUUUGUAUUAAACGACUAAAUGAAACCAAAGAUUUAUAGUAUUUAUUGUUGAGAAGUUAACAUCGAUAUAGUCGAGUAAUUUUUAUACAUUCCUUUGUAUCUAGUGUUAGUGAAAUUUUUCAUAAAUCAUAGAUUGGACUUUAUUUAUCGUCUGCUGUAAGGGCGGCCUCUAUUUAUAAUUUCUAAAACAUAUUAUUCUAUAUUUAUAAUUUCUUCAACAGAGUGCCAUUACAUCAAAUGUUUCAUAUUAUAUUAAUGAGAGAGUGGAACCAACGAAUGCUGUACAAAAUAUCCGGCCAUCAUAAAUUCAGAUUACCGACCACAAAUAUAAUCACAGAAAUAUAUAAAAGAUUUUAUUGAUAAAUUCGUCCGAGCGAUUCGUUGCGUCCACACUUUCGACUCGCUUGUUCAAAACGGAUGUUGUGCUAUAAGGAUGCGAUCUGUGUGCAACAUAUUAUAUUUCAUUUGUGACUUUACCACUGCAAUGAAACCGAAUCAAAUAGCAAAUUCAAGGAAUUUUUCCGUGUUUUGAGUUUCGGUUCGCUUUCGCUGCAGUUUCGCUAAAGCUGUUGAAAUGUUACAUCCGUUCCAUUAUACGAAUACAAGAAGAUAUUUGAUUUUAUUUCGCAAAUUUGCCGCGAAUGCUGUUGUGCCUCCACAAGAUAUUUAUAAAAAAUCAUAGAAACUAAUUGUUAUUGUUAGAUCAAUUUUCGUGAUGAAAAUUCUUUUAAACAAUCAUUUUCAAAAAUAUUUCGUAACCUUAGUUAAAUAAUUCAUUUUAUAAAAUUAAAGGCAACAUUCCAAAUAAAUUUAUUUUUAAUGUAACAACUAGCGGAAUUGCUGAAUAAUCGACAUUAUGCUGAGUACAGACAGGUCGAACAACAUGAUUAUAAUACAACAUGAGGGAUUCGAAUCUACGAUGUUUUUAUGUCGAUGUCACCCUGUCUGUACUUGGAUUUAUUUAGGGUAGCCAUGCACGAGUCGUCAAAUAGCGGGCUCUAGCGCCCAUAAUGUUAGCACAAUAUUGUUUUAUUUGUGUAUUAUUGAGUUAUAUACUUCUUGUCAUUAGUUUAAGUUGUAUAAAUGUAUUGUCUAAUUAAUGCAUAGUUAGAGAUAUCGGUAAUUAUUAUAGGGCAAUACUUGAUUUUAGGGAGAUAUGCGUUCGAAAUUUGAGUUUUCAUAUUUAUGGUUAAAAGAUACCUUAAUAGGCCUAAGGAUAGCAAAUCACGACAAAUUGUUCUUCCAUCUUAUUGGAGACACAGCCUUUUGUCUGAAAUGAAUACGAAAGACGUCAACAUUAAAGGCCACAAAAUGGUCAAAAAUAUCAGCUCCUUGAUUAAGGUGGGUCUAAGAACUAAAGCCACAUACAUAUUUCCACUACAAAUUUAUUUAUUUAUAUUAUGGGGGCUGACAGCCACAAUAUAGAUGUAAAUGUUAAUAAGGGCCAUUUAUGAGCCUCCACAUGUAGAAAAUGAUAAUUCUACUUCUCAUUAUUGUACUAUUUUAAUUUAAAUACUUUCAGUUACACAGGUAUUGAAUAUGGCAACUCUUUCUAAAAUCACAUAGAAAACAUGAUAUUAUUUGAAGUACACUGAAUAAUGAACGUAUUCAUUUCGGCCAAUAGGAGCGUCUCUUGCACCGAGUCAAUGGUGGUUUGUAUUAUACUUACGAAUUGUUUUCGUUUCAUUUGAAUCUCAAUAACGGACAUGUAACUAACUUGGUAUACUUUCAAAUGAAAAUUAAAUGUUUCAUCACUA